GUUGCAUUGAAAGUCCAUUAAAAAUGCCAACUUUGCAGUAAAUUAUCAUUAUUUACAAAAUCAUGCACGUACACGUAUGUGUACACAUUGCAUUGUACACGUAUUGUUCUGCCUUCACUCUUUUCAAAUGCGAACAAGUAACAUUAUACUUGGAAAGUUUUUUUUGUUGUUCAUAAAUGCAGACUUUUAAAACUUAAUCCAAAUUUAUGUCAAUGGAAAAAUGUUCUAAGUUGAUUUUGGUUCAAAGUAAAUCUGCUCAACUUUGUAGUUUGAUUAAUAACUUUGAUUUGUGGUAAACAUCUGUAUUCGGUUCUGUGUAACAUUAUUCUAUAUUAUUUUGAAUAUAUGCAACUCAAUCUGUGAAAUCUGAAACUUUGUAUUAAUAUUGUUGCCUUGUUUUGUUUGUAAACUGAUGUAAAAGUACAUGAAGGUUUUGAAAAAAGCUUUUUGAACAAGUUAUUAUGGAGGAACCUAUUUUAUGUACUUAGUUUCCUGUCGGAUGCUAGUCGCAGGCGCACUCCGUCAAGCUGAAAACAAGCUCCGCAAAUGCCCCCCUGGAGCAAACUGACUCCCUGGAUCGAGAAUCUGAUCCUUAGCUACGGGAGCGGGGAUGAGUCGGGCAGCCAGCUGAGGGCUCAUGUCAUCGGGGUGGGUCAGAUGACCCAGUCCCAGGCUCGGGGUUCCGAUGGUCCGACGGGGCUGCUCUUCCUGUCCGACGGAGAGCUCAAGAUCCCGGCUGUGCUCACCGCCUCCGGCUGGGAGCAGCUCCAGGAGAAGGAGGACCGGGAGUGCUUCAGCAGCCUCCUGAACACCACCGUGUGUCUGCAGGACUACCGGCUCCGGUUCCACAUGGACCCGGAACAGACCAAGAGCCGGUUCUUCCUGUCAGUGGGGGAACUUGCCACCACCGCGGCGGGUCCGGUUAAAGACAACACGCCCUGCUGUACCAGCUCGGCCGCGGUCCGGAUGAAGAUCUGCAGAACCUGGAGGUCCCUUCUUGGUCAGGAGGACUCCCAGCGGAGCCAGGCCGGACUGGACCUGUCCGAACUGCUAGGAGAGUGGCAGCACGACUGUCUGCAGACGCUGCUGCGGGACAUCCGGGAGAGACUGCUGGCUCUGAGGAACCCCCGACCCUCCACCUCUGCUCACACCCCGCCUCCGAACUGCACCAGGUGGGACCUGGACCGGGUCCGGUACAAGGGGGAACCGAGCUUCAGCGUCCCGGCGAAGCUGCUUCUCAUUCCGGAUGAGAGCAGGGAACAAGCUUGCUCUGUGGGGGAUGUUGCGUGGCAGAUAACCGAUCCCGCAGGUGGCGAUCCAGUUCAGAAUGCGGGAGAUGCGGGGAAUGCAGCUGAGCAUUCCCCUCCUUUGAUGGAGGACGUCGCUCCUUUCCCGGACCCAACCGCCCUGCUUUCCACCAACCCCUGGGACAUGUUCCCCCCUCUGGGAAUCAGCCCUUCCACCUCCGACUCGUCCGCGGAGUCCACCCCGAAACUCUACUCUGCUGCCGUGGUAACCAGCACCCGGCUUCCGGUUGCAAGCACCCAGCUUCCGGUUCCCAGCACCCAGCUUCCGGUUCCCAGCACCCAGCUUCCGGUUGCCAGCACCCAGCUUCCGGUUCCCAGCCUCCUCCCUCCUUAUCAAAACCAACCCGCCGCCACCUUCCCACCGAGCUCCUCAUCAGCCACCGUGAGUCUACCAGAACCUCCUGCCUCAGACGGAACCGACAUCGUUCCGGGAAGCUACAGGAAGCCCAAGAGGAAGCGAUGCGAAGCGGAACAACAAGAAGAGGAGGAAGAAAUAAGUGGGAGUCCGCCAUCUUGGCUCUUUGACUCCCAGAUUGGAUCUUCCAGAAACGGGGACAGUCCAAAACAGACCGGACCCGCCCCGAAAAUGACCAUAGGCACUCACGGCGACGGCAGACCGUUCUCCUACAAAUACAGAGUGUCGGGCCAGAACCUCCAGGACUUCAGUCAGUUCCGAGUGGCUGCGUCUCUGCUACACUGGGCUCUGCGGUAUCUGUUGACUCCGAAACCAACAGAAGAUCCGCAGAGCGUCGACUGAUUGGACUCGCGUUGCCAUUUUUAUUUCCCAAAAAGUCCAAUAUUUCUUCAUAGAAGGAAACACCUGGUUCCAUGUUUUGUUUGGAGCGCCGUUUGUAAGAUUACAUAAUAAAAAAUUAACAGCAACGUUUUGGUUUACGUAGCCAGAGGGAAAAACUGUGGGUGUUAACUUUUAUAGUCAUGUUUUCACCAUUUUAUUCAUGUUUAUAGAUGUCCAUUUACCUUCCAAACUAAAUAUUUUGCUUUUAAUUUAA